AUUGUCGCCUCUGCCCUUCCUUGGGAUGGUGAAGCUUCUCCCCAUCUCCACUAUGCUGGAGCUGACAGGGUUCCUGUCUCCAGGGAUGAUCUGGCCCAGAUGCCCUUCCUGACCAUGUGCAUCAAGGAGAGCCUGCGGCUGCACCCCCCAGUUGGCAUGGUCUCCCGCUGUUGCACCAAGGACAUCCAGCUGCCUGACGGGCGGAUCAUUCCUAAAGGAAACAUUUGCCUGGUCAGCAUCUUUGGAACUCACUAUAACCCUGCUGUGUGGCCCAACCCUGAGGUUUAUGACCCGUAUCGCUUUGACAUCAACAAUCACCAAAAGAUUUCACCCUUGGCCUUUAUACCCUUCUCAGCUGGACCCAGGAACUGCAUUGGCCAGAAUUUCGCCAUGUCUGAGAUGAAGGUUGUGCUGGCCCUCACCUUACUGAGGUUCCGAGUCCUCCCUGAUAAAGACCCAGUUCGAAGAAAGCCAGAAAUUAUUCUCAGAGCAGAAAGUGGUCUGUGCCUGAAGGUGGAGCCACUUUUGGGUCCUUCCAGCCCUGAGGCACACCUCUCAGAAGCCCCUCCGGAAUGAUGGCUGGAUGUAUCCUUCUGCUUUUGAGCAUGGAUGCCUGCUUUCUACCUGCCCAUUCACCCACCCUCACCUUGAUUGUAAUUCUUCUAAAUAAAAACAUUUCAGCAUAGAA